CCAACACAUAUUUGGAGCUUGAUCCUACGCACAACCGUGGUUAGAGAUAACCUGAGUUCCUCGUUAUCUCCGAGAGAUUCGCACAGUCCAGCCUGCGGGUUUCUCCAGAACCAUUCCCUGAUCUCGGCGAUUGAAACCCUAGGUCCCUGUUUCGACCAAAACAUUUUGUUCAGGACAGGGAACAGGGAGAAACAGCCAUCAAGGGUGGCUUCAUGGCGAACGCCACUCUGCCAUGGACCCUCGGCGGUCCAAGGAGCUCCUGCCCCGCGGAGUUACACUGUUUGGAGUGGGCCCACCGUUACUUCGGCGACUGCGUGUGUAACUAUCGCGACGGGGUUUCGUUCACUCUGGGCAUGAUGAGCGUCGUCGCAUGGGGCGUCGCCGAGAUCCCGCAGAUCGUCACCAACUUCUUCGCCGGCAGCACCGAGGGCGUCUCGCUCGCCUUCCUCAUGACGUGGACCGUCGGGGAUGUCUUCAAUCUGGCCGGCUGCUACCUCGAGCCUGCAACGCUUCCAACGCAGUACUACAUGGCCCUGAUGUACACGAUAACGACGAUUGUGCUGGUGGCGCAGACGGUGUACUACGAGGUGGUGGUGCCGCACAAAGAGGUGGACGAGGGGGAGGAGGAGGAGGGCGAGGUCGAGACGGCAGACGGAGUCUGCAGCAGCACGGCUAUAACGGCUCAGACCCCUCUGCUCCACGCCCAGCAGCAGCCGGCCUCGACCCCAGUGGGAGUGCCCCAGGGCGUGCCCAUCCCUGCUGGCCCUCGCUCAGAGAUCCUCUCUGUGCCGCUCAGCCGCAAGUCGUCCCACCGCGACAUCCACAUCCACUCUGCGCGCUCGCUAGCCAGCUGCCACACGCCCACCAUGGGUUCCUUUGUGCCGGGGUCGCACGGCCACCAUCCCGGGUCGCUGCACCACCGCCACACGCAGCACCACGUGGGGUCGCUGCUGAGCCAGUCGCCAGGCCAGGGGGUGCCGCAUAUCUCGCUUCACAGCAACAGCCCCGUCACGCGUGCUGUGGCCUUCGGCAUGCUGCUGGUUGGCUGCCUCCGCAUCGGCUCCCUCUCACACUCCCUCUUCUCAGCAUCCAGCAACACUCAUUUCUCCUCCAACCCCCACCAAAACCCCGCCCUAACCUCCUCUUCCUCCUCCUUCACCCCUCUCUCCUCCCUCUUCCCCACCAUCUCGUCAUCCUCCUCUCCUCUCGACCUCGUCUCGCAACCUCGGCCUUCCCAAGUCUUCCCCAUGCGCCGUCGCCUGCUGCAGGCUAGCACGCACGGACUGUUCGCCCAGCACUCGCUUAAAGAUGGCGAUGACGAGCAGCCAAGUGCGCUGGGGGAACUGCUGGGAUGGCUCAUGGCGGCUAUCUACAUGGGAGGGCGCAUCCCACAGAUCUACCUCAAUAUCCAAAGGGGCACGGUGGAGGGCCUAAGUCCGCUCAUGUUCCUCUUCGCCCUCGUGGGCAACGCCACCUAUGUUGGCAGCAUUGUGGCGCGCAGCAUGGAGUGGCGGCAUAUCAAGCCCAACUUGCCGUGGCUCGUUGACGCGGCUGUCUGCGUGCUGCUCGACCUCUUUAUCCUCUGCCAAUUCGCCUACUACACAUACAGGAAUUCUAAAGAAGAAGGCACAGAAGGCGAAUACGAGGACGCCAAAUAGGCUCGACCCCUUCCCCGCCAGUCAGCGACAGCAAAGAGUGCUGCAAAGGGCUGUACACGCUAGUAGCUAGGCUCGUCUUUGAGAACGGCGUAGUCUGGGCUGGAGUAUUCAGACACUAUCUUCAGAAGGCGACCCUUCGAGGUGCCUCAAACUUCAUUGUGCAUGCCACAACACAUUAUUCACUCUAUGUGAUGCAAGGUCUUGUAUUGUGCAAAGGGAAUCACGUCAGGGUGGUUAAACAUCUCCUUCAAUCCAGGAUGGUGGAAUUGUAUUUACAGCAGUGUUUUGAGACACUGCAAGCGCAUGCAAGAUUGUACGAUAUGAUGUAGUUAUAUU